AAAUACAAACGAAGCAGAUUUAGUCGAGAAAGAAAGGCGUUUUACUCUCAAGGAACAAGAACUGGCCAUUAAAGAGCGAGAAGCAAACGAAACAGCUUUAGUCGAAAAAAUAAGGCAUCUUAAUCUCAAGGAACGAGAACUUGCCAUUAAAGAGAGAGAAACAAACAAAGCAGAUUUAGCCGAGAAAGAAAGGCAUUUUACUCUCAAAGAACAAGAACUGGAAGCAAACGAAACAGAUUUAGUCAAGAAAGAAAGGCAUCUUAUUCUCAAGGAACGAGAACUGGCCAUUAAAGAGAGAGAAGUGAAAAUACGAGCCUUGGAAUUACGAGAGCUGGCUAUUAAAGAGAAAGAAGUUAAAAUUCGAGCCUUGGAAUUAUUAAACAUUGAAAAAGAGAAGGAGUUGGGCUUGUAA